ACUAAACGGCGUAUAAAUCCGCUACUUGAGUUUUCAAGUGCGUCAUUUCAGAUAUCAUGGCGUCUUCGCUUGCGAAGAAAUGCGCGUCACCGGCAAUUCUCAAAACACUUUCAGCUCCUCAAUUGAGGAUGCAAUGUGGGUAUCACAAAAAGGUUGUGGAUCACUAUGAGAACCCAAGAAAUGUGGGGUCAUUGGAUAAAAAUGGCAAGAAUGUGGGCACAGGGUUGGUUGGUGCCCCUGCUUGUGGAGAUGUGAUGAAACUGCAGAUCAAGGUGGAUGAGGCUGGGAAGAUUGUAGAUGCCAAGUUUAAGACCUUUGGCUGUGGCUCUGCUAUUGCUUCAAGUUCCUUAGCCACAGAGUGGGUGAAAGGCAAAUCUAUUGAUGAAGCCCUCAAGAUAAAAAACACUGAGAUUGCUAAGGAGCUUAGCCUUCCACCAGUCAAACUGCACUGCUCAAUGCUGGCUGAGGAUGCCAUUAAAGCAGCUUUGGCAGACUACCUUCUGAAACAGGAAGUUGAACCGGAUGAGAAGACUGCCAUGGCCCUCAACUAGGAGGCGCACUUGAUCCUCUAAAUCAGUGGUUCUCAACUGGUGCUUCACGACCAAAAGGGUUUUCAGGUCUUUUCUGAUUAGGUUGUGGGGAGCAGGGAAAUGAAAAGUAUUAAAAUCCAGCUAACCAUAUAAACAUGCAAAGUUAGAAUAAGCCAAAAA